AUGCUGAGCGAAGACACCCACGACACUGUUGAAACAGAUCACCUUGAACCGGUCGACAGUACGAAUCUGCUUGCAGAUCCAGGCACGCCUCCCCCACUACCAUCAUUGGCUCAUCGAACUUCAAGGGUGCAUCCACCACCUCCGAACGUGCCCUCUGGAGUUGGUUUCUCGACAAGCCAACAAAGUAAGAUCCUGUCUACUGUAUCUAGUUAG